GAUUUGCUAUUACUAACGAUAGACUUCUUGUAAGACCCUUUGGAGAAAAUAGGAGAGUGAAGGGGAAAAAAAUGGCACGAACAAUAUCAGCCUCACUGAAGCUUAUCUCCCUCAAAUUGUCUUCUCAAUCUCUCUUCGCCAUUUCUCGAACUGUUUCCUUCAGCACCUUCCAUAAUCCUACCUCCAAGACGAAGAAGCAGUCGGUAAAGAGGAGGGAGAAAGCGAAGAAACCAUUGAUAACUACUUCUACUGUUGCUUUGGCAUCAAAUUCAGCUUCCUCAUCUUCGAAAUCUAAAUUGAAAUCAUCUUUUGAGAUGGUGAAGAGGAGAACUAGGUCGGAGAAGGAAUUUGAUGCUAAUUAUAUUAAAAGUUAUGGAGAUGAAGAAAGUCAUAUUCCUGUUUUGCUUGGUGAAGUGUUAGAUGUUUUUUCUUCUUCCUUUCGCCUUCAUUCUUUCGUCGAUUGUACUCUUGGAGCUGCUGGACAUUCUUGCGCUAUAAUUCAAGCUCAUCCAGAACUGCAAGCUUAUAUUGGACUGGAUGUCGAUCCCGUAGCCCAUGAAAAGGCUCAAUAUCGAAUCAAUAAUAUGCUUAACAGCAUGCCUUCCAAUACAAAUAUAAAUCCGAAAGCUCAUUUGCAUUUGAGGAACUUUAGAGAAACUAAACAAGUAAUUGGCCAUGUUGAGGAGCAGCUUUUGUUAUCUGGAGUUGAUGGAAUUUUGAUGGAUUUGGGAAUGUCUUCAAUGCAGGUCAAUGAUGCUGAAAGAGGGUUCAGCAUGCUUAACAGUGGGCCAUUGGAUAUGCGAAUGGAUCCUAAGGGUAGUUUAACAGCAGAGGAUAUAGUCAAUUCUUGGCCACCAAAUGAGAUUGGGAGAAUCCUUCAAGAGUAUGGAGAAGAAAGUAACUGGUAUUCACUCCAGAACAAAAUUGUCAAGGCUCGUCUAAGUGGUGGGUUGCAUUCAACUGGUGAUUUGGUUGAUCUUAUUCGCGGUACAACAUCUAGAAUAAAAGGAGGUAGGCAGGGUUGGAUUAAGACUGCUGCACGAGUUUUCCAAGCCCUAAGGAUUGCCGUUAAUGAUGAACUCAAAAUCUUGGAGGAGUCUCUUUACUCAUGCUUCGACUGCCUGAGCCCCGGUGGCAGGCUCGCAGUCAUUUCCUUCCAUAGUUUGGAAGACAGGAUCGUAAAACAAACCUUCCUCAACAUAAUCAAUAAUAAUAACAUUCAUAAGAAAGGAGGCAAAGCUGAAAAAGAGGGAGGAAACGGUGCCGAGCCAAAAGAGUUUAACUUCUACCCUGCUAAAAACGAUACUUGGAUUAAACAAGUAGUACAGGGCCCUGCUGGGAUAAUCCUCACUAAGAGACCUAUAACCGCAUCUACCGAGGAAGAGAAAUUAAACUCGAGAUGUAGGAGUGCUAAGCUCAGAGUUCUUCAAAAGCUGACGUCUCAAAAACAAAGACAACAAUUAUUUAGAGGACUCCAUAUCUGCUUCUGAGAUUAAUUAUUGCAAGUGUUGGUGAAUCCUCUACAAGCAGAUGGGAUGGAAUUUUUUUUUUAGGUGGUGAGAAUCAAACCUCCAUCACAAAGGUGAUAAAGAAAGUUAUUAACCGUCAGUCACAUCAACCUAUGAUUCUCAAUUUUGAGUAUAAAAAGACGAUUGACCCUUGUAAUUCUGAAUUUGCCCGGUUGUAUGAAUUGUAUUCCUCUAUCUCUUAAAAUUUGCUAUUAAAAGUGACAUAUUGUAAAGGAAAAUAUUACUAUUAGUAAGAGAAUCAAUUAAAGGAAAAUAUCCCUUUCAAUAAUAAACUCAAAAGGAUAAAAAAAGUAAUACUCAUAUAAUUCCGAGUAUACUAUGACUAAAAUGGUUGGCCUCCUUAGAAUAAAAAAGAAAUGAAUGAAUAACACAGCAAGAAGGCAGCAGCCAUAACAGUCUUGCUUAACCAUUGAAAGGUCAUAUACUCAUAUC